AUGGAACACGAGCUUUACACCUCCUACCGGUACCCUGUAGCCGAACCAGCGGCGUCUCCCGGCUUCGACUUCGGCGUCACGGACGGCGACAAGCUACUGCAGCUCGAAGCCUUCCUCCUCGACGGCAUAGACGACGCCGAGCCCGCCGAGGUGUGCUCCGACUGGUCCCCUCCAUCAUCGUCGUCCUCGGCCUCGAAUUCGCCGGAGGUGGGAGCGGCAACGGGAUCCGCGACCGUUGGCGACCCUCAGCAUUGGGCGGCUGGAACGGAUGGCACCCACACCAGCGACAUGCUGCUGCAGCUCGACGCCUUCCUCCGCGGCACGGACGCCGACGCCGACGCCGACGAGGAGGAGUGCUCCAUCUGGCUCUCAUCCUCGUCCCCGUCAUCAACCGAGGCGUCGACGGUGUCGCCUAGCAGGAAGAGUCAGCACCAGCUGCCGGAGGCGGACGCGGAUGCCUCGCCGGGCAAGAAGCGGCCGGCCUUCAUCGGCGUGCGCAAGCGGCCGUGGGGCAAGUUCGCCGCCGAGAUCCGGGACUCCACGCGCCGGGGCGCCCGCGUGUGGAUCGGCACCUUCGACACCCCCGAGGCCGCUGCGCUCGCCUACGACCAGGCCGCCUUCUCCGCGCGCGGCGCCGGCGCCGUCCUCAACUUCCCCGUCGAGCGCGUGCGGGAGUCGCUGGCGGCGCUCGCGCUCGCUGGCGGCGGCGGUUCCCCCGUCCUCGCGCUGAAGCGGCGGCACUCCAAGCGCACGCGCAGGCAGAAGGCCUCACCAGCCACCGACAGCAGCAGGAAUCCAAAGCCACAGCAGCCGCCAUUGGCUGCGGCCGUGCCGCUGCGGCAGGCGACGACGGCGCCCAUGACCAGCGCCAGCCAGUGCCGAUGCGGCAUUGUGGAGCUCGGUGACCUCGGCGACGAUUACUUGGAGGAGCUCCUCCGGGUAGUAUCAUCGUCCGAGUUGGGAGAGUACUAGAUGACACUUGAUAGGUUACCGUUGCACAGUCAUUGUCUUGAGCGUCAUCGCCAUCGCGACGACACCACUACUGUCAAAUCAGCGAUCAGCCAAAAGCUCUGAUCGUCUGACAGCAGAAGUCGGGAACUAUCAGACCAAAGCUUGGAAUUA